AGUCCCAAAUUAUAAUGUAAUUAACUUGUUGAUUUUACAAAUUUCUACGAUUUUCUCACAAGAGGCGGAAAAUUAUAGGGGGCAAAGAGCGGUAAAUGUGCGAUAUAAGAUCUUCUAUGAUAUAUUUGAAGGUUAUUUACUGAUAAGAAAACUAUUUGCUAUCUUUUCUUAUAUAAUUAACUUAAUGCACUGUUAUAGUUCUUAGUACAAAAACCAAGAAAAUGGUCUCGAAGGGUUUGGUGUCUGGAAGACUAGCACUUGUUACAGGUGCUGGAUCAGGUAUUGGUAGAGCUGCAUGUCAGGUUCUAUCAAGAGAGGGUGCCACUGUCAUUGCAGCUGACAAGAAUUAUGAUGCUGCCCUAGAGACUAUUAAGAAACAUACUGCCCUAGCAUCAGGAUCCAAUAAUACCGGUGACCACAGUGCCAUGGAACUGGAUGUAUCUGAUCCUAAAUCAGUGCAAAGCCUUCUGAAGGCCAUCAUAGAUGAGUAUAAGGUGCCGCCAAAGAUAGUUGUCAAUUCAGCAGGUGUUACACGGGACAACUGGCUUCUUAAACUCUCACAGGAAGACUAUGAUAGUGUUAUGAAUGUUAACUUAAAGGGAACAUUUUUAAUAAUGCAGACAUUUGCUAAAGCUAUGACUGAAGCGUCUGUUCAAGGGUCCAUUAUUAAUAUAUCGAGCAUAGUUGGGAAAUAUGGAAAUAUAGGUCAAACUAAUUACUCAGCAAGUAAAGCUGGAGUGGUAGCCAUGACACAGUCUGCAGCAAAAGAAUUAGGAAAGUUCAAUGUAAGAGUAAAUGCAAUUUUACCAGGGUUUAUAGACACGCCGAUCAUCAAGACUGUACCUGAUAAAGUCAAGGAUCACAUGCUCAAACUUGUGCCUUUGGGAAGAUUAGGGGAUCCUACAGAGGUAGCCGAGGUGAUAACAUUCCUGAGUUCAGACAAGAGCUCCUUCAUCACCGGCGCAGCCAUCGACGUCACCGGGGGAUUUUGAAAAAUUCUAAUCUUUUGACUAUUUAUUUUUCUAUAUUUAUAUAAAUACUAGCGGACGCCCGUGACUUCGUCUGUACUUAGACCUCUUUAAUCCAGCCCUUACAGUAGUAUCGCUGUAAAAAUGGAUUAACUUCUCCUGUUUUCCCAACAUUUCCCUUCACUGCUCUGCUCCUAUUGAUUGUAGCGUGAUGAAAAGUAUACUAUAACCUGUCUAGGAGUAUGAAGAAUAAUUGUACCAAGUUUCGUUAAAAUCCGUCGAGUAGUUUUUGUUUCUAUAACGAACAUAAAUACAGUCAGACAGACAGACGAAAAAUUUACUGAUUGCAUUUUUGGCAUCAGUAUCGAUCACUAAUCACACCCUGAUAAUUAUUUUAGAAAUAUAUUUCAUGUACAGAAUUGACCUCUCUACAGAUUUAUUAUAAGUACUUAUAUAUACACUUUUACUCAGCCUAAUUAUUAUUUGUGCUUCCAAUUCCUGUGAUAUGCUUACAAUUUUGUUAAAAUGUAUUUACAAUUUUAUAUAGACAAUCAUAAGUAAAGUCUCCUAUUUUCUGUACAUUUGGACAUAUUUUUUGUACCUACACUUUAAAUAAAACUUGAAUUUGAAA